CUUGACCCGGAAGUUAUCAAACAGCACGUUACUUUCAUGGUUGUAUUUAUAGGCUUUUGUAUACCAGUACGUAAUUUAACACAGGUCAACAAUGAACAGCUGUAGAAAAGUAGCUUUUUUGAGUGACUGUACUUCUAGACAUAUGUUAUUAUCCUUGGUCAAAUUACGGAUAAACUGCCAACGGGGUCCAGAGACAGCUCUGUCCUUCAAUCGGAGUCAAGGGAACGUCGCCAAACAAGCCCCAGAUUCCGGUCAGAAACCUCGGCUAAGAGCGAUAGACCUGGCCAAGAAGAUCCAGCAAGAGAAGACGAAAGCACAGGCGACCGACCCCCCGGUGUCAGGCUUGAGGGCAAGGGUGAUGGAUCUGAAAAGGUUCAGUCAGCAGUUACAAAACGUCCAUCCAAACGUGCUGGCCAAACACCUACACAAAGGUGUGCUGUACCAGGAUAAAGAUGUAGUUGUUAUCAACAAACCGUAUGGGGUCCCCUUUCGAGGGGACUCCAAUACAUCCAUCUCCUCUGUGCUUCCUGUUCUCUCCAAAAUGAUGGAUGGGAUGAAGGUAAACUCUGACUCUCAGCUGCUUCCAUGCCUGGGUCUAGAGAAGGACUCAACAGGAACGGUUCUGUUAGCCAGGAAUGAAGAAGUGGUAGAGCACAUACUCGCCCUGAAUAAACAUAACCAAGUGCAGAGGAAAUACUGGGUUGUUACAGUUGGUGUUCCUGUACCAUCUGAAGGACUGAUUGAUAUUCCCAUCAUAGAAAGAGAGGUUACAGGUCCUCAGCCACACUUCAAGAUGGCUCUGAGUCCGCUGUUUAGAGUGAAUGAAACAGGUGAUGGAAUAACCAAAAUCAGAAGCCAUCGUCAAGCACACCUUGCAGCGACCAAGUACAGAGUCCUGGACAGCAGCAGUGGUUGCAGCCUCGUAGAGCUCCAACCUUUAACUGACGUGAAGCACCAGAUGAGGGUUCACAUGGCUUUUGCUCUGGCAUGUCCCAUUCUAGGGGACCAUAAAUAUUCUCACUGGAGCAAACUUGCACCACAGAAAUUACCAGAACACACGCUGAAAAAACUUAAGCUGGAGCAGAGCAAGACCCGGUAUCUUCCUCUUCACGUGCAUGCAAGACAGUUGAUGCUGCCAGGACAGAGCCAAGCCAACAUCGUCUCCUGCCUGCUGCCCAGAUAUUUCAUGCAAACAUUGAAUCUUCUGCAAUUAACAUUUCCAAACAACAAAGACAAUAAAUAAUCUCUAUAGGCCAACAAAUGUCUAAAAGUUGUAGCCAUUAGUUGUGCAAUAUAUGGGCUACAUAAAGAAGAUAACCAUUUAAAUUAAAUGGGAACUUAACUCAAAGGCUGGGUUAUAGCAGCAGCAGUGAUGUGGAAGAUUAUGAAACACUUUUUGGAAAACAGACAAUGUGGAGUUGGUCAGAACAUUCAAAAUGUUUUUUUAUAGUAAAGUGAAAUGUAAAAUUG